AUGGACGGCGAGGAGCAGGACGGGGAGCAGAACGGCUCUCGGGAGGAGGACGAGGAGUUGGAGGAGGACGAGGAGGCGGCACCGUCAGAGCAAGAGGAGGAAGAAGAGGCACUUGCCCCACGUCCCCUGACAGAGCAGGACCUGAAGGAGGGCCUCUCACUCCUCUGCAAGACCGGCAAUGGCCUGGCCCAUGCCUAUGUGAAAUUUGAAGGCAAAUGCAAGAACUUGACAGACAUCAGCCUCCUUGAAUGCUUCAUUCACCUGCGGUAUGUGGAUUUGUCAGAAAACAAGCUGCAAGAUUUGUCUCCACUGAGCAACCUAACUCACCUGCUCUGGCUGAAGGUGGAUAGGAAUCUGCUCCCUAGUGCCUGCAUGCAGGAGCUGCCCUACCUCCAGAUCAUCAGCUUUGCUCACAACCGCAUCAAAGAUAUAGAGGGCAUUACCCAUCCUCGCUUAGCCAACCUCAACCUGAAAGGAAAUAAAAUCCAGACAGCGCUGGGCCUGAGUCAUGGCCAAUUGUUUAGCCUGGAGAUCCUGGAACUGCGAGGAAACAAACUAGAGAGCACAGCAGGGCUCAAUCUUCCCAAGCUCAAGAGCCUCUAUCUGGCCCAGAACACCAUUCGGAGCCUGGAAGGCCUUGAGGGGCUGGAGCAGCUGGCAACUCUGCACCUGCGUGACAACCAGCUUGAGACUCUGGAUGGAUUCUGUAGUAGCAUGAAGUGCCUACAGUACCUCAAUCUACGGAACAAUGGGAUCAGUAGUCUUCAAGAGGUGGAAAAGCUGCAGGUGCUCCCCAUGCUGCAGGUACUGGUGCUGCUGGACAAUCCGUGCUGUGAGGAACCCGAUUACCGGCUGGAGGUGCUGGUGCUGCUGCCACAUCUGCUGAGCCUCGACAAGGAGCCCUUUGAGCAGGACCAGCGGGUGGAGGCAAACACCAUCCGUCAGAAAAGGCAGGAGAAAGAAAAGGAAACAGAAGGAUUUCUCCAGGGUGAUGUGACUGAGUGACUCCUGGCCUUAAUACCUAUUGUCAGAGCCAGUCAAGGUUUGGA